AUGCCGUCCACCAAGACCUUCAUGAUAAAGAAGAAGCUGGUAAAGAAGCAGAAACAGAACAAUCCCAUCCCUUAUUGGAUCCGCAUGCGCACUGACAACACCAUUCGCUACAACGCCAAGCGCCGCCAGUGGCACCGCACCAAGCUUGGCUUCUAA